AUGCACAUUUAUGUCCAGGUACGUCAAAGAGCUAAUGGCGGCACUCUCUUAUCUCUCCUUUGCAGUGUGUAUGGAUGCCCUGUGGCCAAGAAGAGAAAGAGUCUAGACAGAACAACCUUGGAGACCUCCCCCAAGAGAAGCACCUACCUAGAUGACAUGGACAACUCUACAAUGGAAGAAUGCUACGAGACAGACGGAACCGAAGAGAUGGACGACAGGGAGGAAGAAGAGGAGGGAGCGCUAGAGGAGGACGAGGAGGAAGAGGGGGGUGAGGUGGAGGAAAUUGAAGGCUAUAUGGACUACAACGAAGACCAGAUGGAGCAUGGGGAAGGCGAGAUGGGAAGAGGGGAGGGUGAGGAAGAGGUAGAUGUGGAGGAAGAAGACAUUGACGAGGAAGGGAGGGUGGAGGAGGAAGAGGAGGAAACAGUGGCAGUGGAAGACUAUGAAGAGGGAGAAGAGGAAGAAGGAGAGCAAAGGCAAGAGGAGGAUCCGAUGAGUGGUGGAGAGGGCAGCAGUGGAGGUGGCGGCAAUGCCAAGUCAGGUCCCGCAGCGGAGAAGGAUGACAACAACAACGAUGAGUAUGAGAACUAUGACGAGCUUGUGGCUAAGUCACUGCUCAACCUUGGCAAGAUCGCAGAAGAUGCCGCGAAUCGGGCAAUGACGGAGUCGGAGAUGAACAGCAACUCCUCUCACAGUGCUGAAGAGGAAGAAGAAGAAGAGGAGGAGGAGGAAGAAGAAGAGGAAGAAGAGGAGGAAGUAGAGGAAGAAGAAGAGGAGGAAGAAGAAGAGGAAGAGGAUGAAGAGGAGGAAGAAGAGGAAGAGAACGAGGAAACGCUAACCGGUCAUCAACACGAUCUGAGUUUGGACGUGCAUAGUGACGUGGUAAGGGAGACUGUGGACUCUCUCAAACUUCUGGCACAAGGACACGGCGCUGUGUUGUCGGAUAACUUAGAGGGACAGGACUAUGCAGAAGGAAUUGCUGCAAAUGGAGACUGUUCCCAUAAUGGCGUAACUGUGCACAAUGGUGGUAAUGGACUCGGUAAGCCCACCAGUAACGGACAAUUAGAAAACAGUGAUGAAGAAGUGUGUCUAAGCAGUCUGGAGUGCCUACGGAAUCAGUGCUUCGAUCUUGCUCGGAAACUCAGUGAAACAAAGCCCACCGACCGCAACGGGUCAUUCCAGCAGAAUCAUUACCUUUGCGGAGACAUGAACCAGCAGCCCCAACAUCACGGCUAUGGAGAGUUCCAGCAUGGCCGGGAUGACAGACGAACACUCGACAGGAACUAUUCAGACAUGGACAAUCUCUUGAAGCUUGAAGAGCAGCUGAGCCCGCGAUCCAAGGCCUUCGCCAGUUGCGCUCAGGGCGACCGUUUUCAUCACCGGGACUUCGACGAAGACACAGCCUCUGUGACGUCAGACCGGUCAGAGGAAGUUUUUGACAUGACAAAGGGCAACCUGUCCUUGUUGGAAAAGGCCAUUGCGCUAGAGUCCCAACGUGCAAAGGUGCUGCGGGAUAAGAUGGAGGCAGAUGCAGCUAGAAGAGAGGGUGUGAGGUAUGGCCAUGAUGACCACGGCUCACGACAUGCCUAUGCAGUUGAGCGGAAAGGACGACUCCCUGAUGGAAUGAAGAAGCUCUUUUAUCACAAAGAUUCUUCCCGCGCAGACAAGAAGGAGAGUCGCUGUCCGACACCGGGUUGUGACGGCACGGGUCACGUGACGGGCUUGUACCCCCACCAUCGAAGCCUGUCGGGCUGUCCGCACAAAGACAGAGUGCCACCAGAAAUUGUGGCUAUGUAUGAGAACGUUCUUAAGUGUCCUACGCCUGGCUGCACUGGACGUGGCCAUGUCAAUAGCAACAGAAACUCCCACAGAAGUCUAUCUGGAUGUCCCAUUGCUGCAGCGGAGAAGCUGGCAAAGGCCCAGGAAAAACACCAGAGCUGUGACGGCUCUAAACCAAAUCAGGCUUCUGACAGAGUCUUAAGGCCUAUGUGCUUUGUCAAACAACUGGACUAUCCUCAAUAUGGUGACAAGAACAAUGUUUCCACCAGCACGCCCCGAUCCAACCUGGCCAAGGAGCUGGAGAAGUAUUCCAAGACCAGUUUUGACUACAGCGCCUUCGAGAGUACCAACAACCACCAAGUGUAUGGGAAACGGGCCAUUGCACCCAAGGUUCACGGGCACAGAGAUACCUCCCCAAAAGGAUUUGACGCCAAACGGUACUGCAAGAAUUCCAGCUCAGCCAGCAGCACCACCAGCACUUAUGCUCCCAGCAGUAGCAGCAGCAGCCUGAGCUGUGGAGGUGGAGGUGGUGGUGUCGGCGGAGGUGGGGGCAGCAGCGCCAGCAGCACCUGCAGCAAAAGCAGCUUUGACUACAGCCAUGACAUGGAGGCUGCACACAUGGCUGCCACGGCCAUCCUCAACCUGUCCACACGCUGCCGGGAGAUGCCCCACGGUAUGGGGGGAAAGCCCCAGGAUCUUUGCUCACAGAGUCCCAGCCUUGAUGUUGACGAGAACGGUACAUUGGACCUGAGUAUGAGCAAGCGUCUGUGCAGCGGUGGAGGGGACUCAGUGCUCACCCCGCUAGAGCCCAUGUCCCCCCAGAGGCAAGCUGCCCUUCUUGGCUCCCGCUGCUACGGCAUGGGGGACGCUGCUGACUGUUGGGACCUGCCUGUAGACUACACCAAGAUCAAACACAUAGAUGGGGACGAGAAAGAGCAGGAUGAUCUGGACCCCUUCCAAGACCUGCUGGAGGACCGCUCCUACACAGAUGUUAACAUGCCUAGUCCCAAACCCAAAUAUGCUCAGUGCAAGGAGAGUAAGAAGGACCUGAUAACAUGUCCCACACCGGGGUGUGAUGGAAGUGGUCACUUGACGAGCAAUUUCUCCUCGCAUAGAAGUCUCUCAGGUUGUCCAUUAGCUGAUAAAAGUAUUCGGAGUAUGCUGGCCAACAACGCACAAGAACUCAAGUGCCCGACACCAGGGUGCGAUGGUUCGGGACAUAUCACUGGCAACUACGCCUCUCACAGAAGCCUCUCAGGUUGUCCAAGGGCAAGGAAAAGUGGAAUAAAGAUCAUCCACAGUAAAGAGAAUAAGGAAGACCAAGAGCCUAUCAGGUGUCCUGUUCCUGGUUGUGAUGGUCAGGGUCAUGUGACAGGAAAGUAUGCAUCCCACAGAAGUGCAUCAGGAUGUCCCAUAGCAGCCAAGAGACAAAAAGAUGGCUACCUCAAUGGAAUCCAGUUCACAUGGAAGUCUGGCAAGACGGAGGGAAUGUCCUGUCCCACACCGGGCUGCGAUGGCUCAGGUCAUGUCAGUGGCAGCUUCCUGACGCACCGGAGUCUGUCAGGCUGUCCACGUGCCACCUCCGCUAUGAGGAAAGCCAGGCUCUCUGGAGUAGACAUGCUCACAAUAAAGCAGCAGCGCAGCAGCAAUGGGUUGGAUCACGAAGAGGAGCUCAAACAUCUGGAUGAAGAAAUCAAAGACUUAAGUGACUCAAAUUCACAAGUGGAAGCCGACAUGAUCAAACUCCGAACUCAGAUCACCACUAUGGAGUCCAAUUUGAAGUCCAUGGAGGAGGAAAACAAGGUGAUUGAACAGCAAAAUGACUCUCUCCUGCAUGAGCUGGCCAACCUCAGCCAGUCACUGGUUAACAGUUUAGCUAAUGCCCAGCUCCCCCAUAUGAAACCUCUGACACACAAAGAACCUCUUCUUCGGACCAACAGCUGCUUACAGCUGCACCAGCAAGAGCCCAUUGAACAAAACUUUGACGCUUAUGUCACUUCCUUAACGGACAUUUACACAACGCAGGAUCAAUACCACAGUCCGGAAAACAAAGCCUUGUUGGACAACAUCAAACAGGCGGUCCAAGGGAUCCCAGUGUAA